CUUUAUAACCUUUUAAGCUAAAACACGCGCUGUUGUCAAACAAAAAAAAAAGGAGAAUUAAUAUUUAUCCGAAAAUUAGGAAAAAUAUAACAAUUUAAAAAGUGUAUUUCCAAAGUGAAAUUGUUUUUGGUGAAAAUUAAAAAUAUGUUUGUGGAGAAUUUUCUCUAAACUAAGGGGAAUUUUUAUUUUUCGCAAAUAAUGUCGGCAAUUAUUGACGAUAAAGUUGUUGAUGGAGCAAAAGAUCCGAAUGUUGUGAAAGAAGAUCCAAUUCUUAUUUUAACGGAAAAAGUGAAGUCACUUUAUUUGUUUCGCGAUCAUUAUUUCGAGAAUCAUGCAAUUGAGGAGGCAAUCAAUAAGAAUCGAGACGUUGAAAAAGAAAUGAAGGAGGCUUUAACGAAAUUCGACGAUUAUAAAGGCUAUGAAAUCGAUGGCGCUCGUGCGAAAUAUUAUUUUUUAAAAGGCAAAGCACUCAAUGUAAUAAAUAGACACGUUCCACAGGCGGAGGAACUUUUAAGUAAAGCAGUGAAAUUGGAACCAAAAUUAAUUGAAGCAUGGAAUGAACUCGGUGAAUGUUAUUGGAAAAAUGACGAUAUUCAACAGGCGAAAAAUUGUUUUUCCGGAGCUUUGCCUCACGGCAGAAAUAAGGUGUCGUUGAGAAAUUUAUCGAUGGUUUUGAGACAAGAGCCAGCGACACAGGAACAAAGGAUAAAAAAUGUUCAGCAGGGUGUUGAGCAUGCAAAGGAUGCGGUGAGCCUCGACACUUCGGACGGUACAUCUUGGGCUAUUUUGGGUAACGCCUACCUCUCUUCAUUUUUUACUGUUCAACAAAAUCCGGCAACUUUACGUCUCUGCAUGUCCGCCUACAAUCAAGCCGAAAAAGACAUUAUUGCCAAAAGUAAUCCCGAUCUUUUCUACAAUAAGGCAGUGGCACUUAAGUAUCAAGAGGAAUAUAAAUCCGCACUUGAGGCUUUUGAAAGGUCGAUGUUACUGGAUCCAACAUGGGAUGUUCCUCGGACAAAGCAAGAGGAUCUCCUUCAGUACCUCAAAGACCUACAAACUUCAGUUAAUAGUAAAGGAAGACUGAAACCCAAGAGGCUUCUUCAAAUGAUAAAAUCUCUAGACUCGAAGCAUUUGGGACCUUAUAGCGGCGGUUCUUACACAGUUGGAAACAAAACUGUAAAAUUAGAACAAAUUUUAUUAAAAAAUUUAAUUCCUGGAGUGAAUUUAGAAAAAGUUAUUUUUGGAAAAGUUGUGUGUUGGAUUCAGGAUUCUGAUUGUGUGCCUUUUACCUUUUGUCUUAUUGAUAAGGAGCAAACUUGCGUGGCUGUGACUGUUUAUAAUUUAGCGAAAGGCCGCGGUGUGACAAAUGGUGAUUCGGUCGCGAUUCCUGAACCUUUCGUUACUCAUCAGAAAUUCAGUAACAAAGAACAAACAUUUGACUUCAUGUCGAUAAGAGUUGAGACGCCAUUAAUUCUUGUUGUGAAUGGAAAAAAAAUGAGCUGGGAACAACAGGCGGGAAUUAGAAUUUCUUCAAUGAAAAAAAGUGAUUAGCAUCUCUUUUUUUUAAAUUUGAAAUAGUUUUUAAAAAAAAACAAUUUUUUUUCAAAUUUUUUGUUUUAUUAAUAUUUUUCAAAACUUUUAAGUGACAACCAAUUUUUGUUUACAGUCACUAAACACAAGUUAGUAAAAUUUAUAAAAAUUUAGAUCGAAUUUUACAAAUUGUGUACAGAACAAUUUUUCCUAGUCAUAAAAUUUUUUUCUAUACAAUCAUUGACUCAAAUUUUUUUU